UUGCCUCCCGCCGUCCAGUCUCCCACUUCGCCGCUCCUAUCGCAGCCUUCCAGCGGACAGUCGCGGCGUAACUCGGUGGUGAGCUGCCCCACCGAGCACCAGCAAUCCAGACGCAACUCCACGGCGACACAACACACUGAGGAUGGCGAAGCGGAGCAGCAGGAACCUGGCAAACGCAUGCGGUUGUUUGUUGGCAACCCACGCACCACACCGCUCCGGGGAGUGUGUGUGUGCAUGACGCGAACCAACCCACAGCGUUCCGUCACCGAGGAGAACGUACACAGAGAGGUGAAUUUCAUGUUGCUACGGGCGAGUGAUGACCCGUCCGUGCUGCUGAGGUCCGUCAAUCGCCUUCUGGGCCGCGUUUUCGUGCCCGCCGUCCGCACCAACCCAUCGGAUCUGGACUCGGCGCCUGGAAGUGGAAGCGCCAGAGAUCACUUGCUAGCCGGCCUCCGUUCCUUUGCUUCCUCCCUUCAUGUAUCCGAAUCAAUCUUGGAAGAACGGGUGGUACUGGCGAAAGCAGAAGAGGGCGCCGGGGAGGUGCGGGGCCUAACGGAGGCACAGGCAGCCCUCACCCAGCCCGACCAGGUGGCGGCCGUGGAGCGCAGCGUGGUCACUUGGCUCAAGCAGAUAGAGUCUGUGCUGAUAGAGAUGGAGCAGCUUCGUCAGGAGACAGAUGACGCUGGGCCGCAGGAUGAGCUCGAGUACUGGAAGCGACGCAUGGCAAAAUUUAAAUUCCUUGCUGAGCAAAUGGAUUCACCUCAAGUGCGCGGAGCUAUCCUCAUGCUGCAGCUGGCGAGGUCCAAGGUGCUCAGGUCGUGGAAGGAGAUGGAUGCCAGGGUGACGCACAACCUCGCUGAAGCCAAGGACAAUGUGAAGUUUGUGUACGCCAUUGAAGAAUACUGCCACCCGCUAUACCUCAACGACCCCCCCGGCAUGACUCCUUACAUCAUGAUGCUUUUCAACACGGUGAGAAUGAUUCACUCCAUCUCCAAGUACUACAACACCUCAGAUAAGCUGUCUGCGCUGCUCAUCAAGAUCACCAACCAGAUGAUCCGUGCCUGUCAGGUGUACAUCUCCUGCCAAGGUACAGCAUCUAUCUGGUCUCAGCCGCGGUCAGACGUGAGACUCAAGAUCCAACACUGCCUCAAGCUACACGCCACCUACCGCACGGCUUACCAGAAGACCAAAGAGAAGCUCGAGGCUAUGCCCGGCGAGCGUCCCUUCAGCUUCAGCGAGCAAUAUGUCUUUGGCAAGUUCGAGGCGUUCUGCUGCCGCCUCAACAACAUAACCGGUCUCUUUGACGACAUCGAUAAGUUCUCCGACUUCUUCGAGGGGCGGGCAGAGUCCUUGCUGCCCAUGGAAACCGGCCUGCGGGAUAUACUCAAGUCAUGGCAAGAAAUGUGCAAUGAAAUUUCCAUGAAGUCUUAUGAUUACCUGGACUACCGGGACCACCACUUUGACUCUGACCUGGAGGUGUUUGCGGCCAGUGUGAGGGAGCUGCUACGCCGUAUCCACAUCAUGGUGGAAAAGGAACAUGAGGAGAUCUGGGAGACACCCAUGGCCUAUAAGAUGUUGGCUAGGUUUGAGAAGAUUGCUAUUGUGGUCCCUCAGCUGGAUGUAGAAGGCAAGUAUAAGAGGAUCUUAGCAAGAUACCACCAGGAGAUAGAGAAAGUCUCUCGCAUUUAUUGCCGUCAGUGUGAAAGUCCACCACAGCUCAGAGGCCUCCCUCCUGUAGCUGGAAAGAUUCAGUGGGCUCGCAGCCUUUUUCUUCACCUGGAAGAACCAAUGAUGUUCUUCAAGGAUCACCCAAUGCUGCUGAAAAUGCCAGAGGGAAAGGAAGCAGUAAAGAAAUACAAUCGUAUUGGAAGAACAUUGGUGCAAUAUGAGUUGGCAUAUUAUGAUGCCUGGAGAAAACAGAGUAUGAAUGACAUCCAGAAGUCACUUCGAUGCACACUGGUGGUGCGGCGGCCAGACACUGAAGAGCUGUAUGUCAAUUGGGAUCCGAGGAUCUCAACACUGCUACAUGAAGCCACCAAGAUCCAACAGCUGGGCUUUGAUGUACCAUACAUGACACAGCUCCUCCUCAACAGAGCACCGCUGCUACUCAAGAAAAGAGACAUGGUCAAGCACCUGCUGAAUGAACACACUCGAGUAUUGGACAAGGUUAGUAGGAGUCUGACACCUCUGCUGGUGCCACAUGUCACCAGACUGAAAGAAGCACUGAACCCUCUUCUCAUCAGUCUCACCUGGUCUUCUAUUCAGGCACACAGCUAUUUUGAUCAAGCAUUUCAGGCUGUCAGAACCUUUGAGGUGCUUAUUGACAGAGUGAAUGACAUCUUCCACCACCGCAUGGAGGGUGUUCUGGCAGCCAUGUCUAGUGUAAGGCUUUAUGUGCUGCCUGACACAUCACCCUGGACACUGGAUCUGUUUGUUCAUAACACUUGGCUCACCUGCUGCCAAGCUGCUCAGGAGCUCAACAGCCGGAGUCGUGUGGUGGAGGAUGCAGUGCUGGAGCUGAUAGAGCUGGUGCUGAUGGGAGUGGAGGGUGGUGGGACAGGUGACCAGGGCAGUUACAGCUUUCUCACUGCUGAUGAUCUCGAUGAUAACACAGACUUGGAUGAUUCUCGUUCAGUGUCAUCAGGAGGAGGGUCAUCACGCCGCAGCCCUGUGCCCACAGCAGAUGGGCCCUUUGCUGCUACACUGGAGCUUCCUUCAAAGACCCUCACACCACAGGAAAAGGUUGCUAGAAAGAAAAGAGAGAUGAGAGAGAAGGUGGAGUCGGCAGCCCGUGAUCUCCGCCGGACUUACCACAGGCGAGUCUUGGACGUGUUGAUCAGGUCUGUCCGCGGCGCCCUUGACUCUAUUCGCCGCCACACCUCAGUCACCUCUCCCCGUGGCAAAGGUGAUGCAACAGGGCGUGGCCAUGGCCCAGUGCUUCCAGAGAGCCAAGGGGUGGCACUGGUGGAAUUGAGUGCCUCCCUUGUGUCUCCUGGUGUGCAGGUGACCCCAAGUCUAAUGGAAGUGCAAGAAGCCAUUAGUAAGGUGGCCAAGAUCAUAUUAUCAACAGCAAAGGGUGUGUCCCAGUGGGUUCGGUGCCGUAAGGAGGAUGUGGGUGAGCCUGUCAAGAAGACUGAAGGAAUGGUUGGGUCUCGUCGGGGAUGGAAGAUCAGAGAGGAGAUACUGGAGGUGCCGGGCAUGCCCAAGAACUACUAUACACAUGUCUAUGAGAGCAAGGAUGUCUCCAAGAUAAUGAGUCAGAUGGCCAACUCCUUCCAGUCCACUAAAAAUGAACUGCACAACACUUUUAGUGCCUGGGACAAAUACCAUCACCUGUGGCGUGUUGACAAGGAAAUAGCCAUACGGGAGUUUAUUGCAAGCACCCCAACCUUGCAAGACUAUGACAGGACUCUCAGGAGUUACGUGUUGCUUGACAGACAGAUCAAGAAUGAGCCAACUUACUACCGUGUUGGGGCGCUGGCUAUAAACACAGAUCAGCUAAAGAAGGCAUUAGUGAUGGAGGCUGGUCUGUGGGUGGAGAAGUAUGGUGAGGCACUCAAGACAACCUACCUCAAGGAGAUGGAGAGGCUCUUUGCACAGCUGACUGAGCUAUCACGACGCCUGGAGCGACCUCUGAAAGAUCUUGAUGACAUUAAAGGUGCCAUUGACAUUUUGCGCAAGACCCGUGACCUUGAGCUGGACAUGGAUGAUGCUAUUGAUCCCAUUGAGAAUCGGUUUGAUACUUUGUGGAGGAAGCACUCCAGUUAUUCAGUUGGGGAGGAGCUGUUUCGUUUGCCUCGCUCAGAGUUCCCAGAGUUGGCACAGAUCCGCAAAGAACUUAACCUCUUGCAGAAACUUUACAAACUAUAUAAUGAUGUCAUUGACCGUGUGACAUCCUACUAUGACAUCCCAUGGGGUGAAGUGAACAUUGAGGAGAUAAAUAAUGAGCUCUUGGAAUUUCAGAACAGAUGUCGCAAACUCCCCAAGGGACUCAAGGAGUGGCCUGCCUUUAACACACUCAAGAAAACAAUUGAUGACUUCAAUGAUAUGUGCCCACUUCUUGAGCUCAUGUCCAAUAAGGCCAUGAAGCCUCGUCACUGGCAGCGCAUCGCUGAGGUGAUAAGCCGACCCUUAGAGGUGGACAGUGAAAACUUUUGUCUCAGGAAUAUCAUGGAUACUCCUCUCCUGCAGUUCAAGGAAGACAUUGAAGAUAUUUGCAUCUCUGCUGUCAAGGAGAAGGAUAUUGAGGCCAAGCUAAGGAUAGUCACCAAUGAAUGGGCCAACCAUGACCUCACCUUCUCCACCUUCAAGAAUCGUGGGGAGCUGCUGCUCAGAGGAGACACCACGGCUGAGGUCAUCACCCAGCUGGAGGACUCCCUGAUGGUGCUGGGCUCUCUUCUCUCCAACAGGUACAAUGCACCUUUCCGAAAGCAAAUCCAGAAGUGGGUGAGUGACUUGUCCAACACCAAUGAGAUCCUGGAGCGGUGGCUGUUUGUACAGAACCUGUGGGUGUAUCUGGAAGCUGUGUUUGUGGGUGGAGACAUAGCCAAGCAACUACCCAAGGAAGCUAAGAGGUUCUAUGUUAUUGACAAAAACUGGCAGAAGAUCAUGGCACGUGCACAUGACAACUCCAAUGUUGUGACAUGCUGUGUUGGGGAUGACAUGCUGAAGCAGCUGUUACCUUACCUGCAGGACCAGCUGGAGGUUUGCCAAAAGAGCCUUUCUGGAUAUUUGGAGAAAAAGAGAAUGAUGUUUCCACGGUUCUUCUUUGUGUCGGAUCCAGCACUGCUUGAAAUCUUGGGUCAAGCCUCUGACUCCCAUACCAUCCAGGCUCACUUGCUCUCUAUUUUUGACAACACCAAGUUGGUCCGCUUCCAUGAACAAGACUAUGACCGCAUCACUGCUAUCUCCUCGUCAGAGGGAGAAAUUGUGCAGAUGGAGAAGCCUGUGCGUGCUGAAGGAAGUGUGGAGGUAUGGUUGAUGAAGUUGUUGUCAAUGUCUCAGCAGUCAGUGCAUGGCAUCAUCAGGCAAGCCCAUCAUGUCAUUCAAGACCCUGACCUCAAUGUACUACGCUUCCUGGAACAAUUCCCAGCACAGGUGGGGAUCCUUGGGUUGCAGAUGAUCUGGACAAGAGACUCAGAGAUGGCUCUCACCCAGGCCAGAGCUGAUCGUCGUGUUAUGGCAGACAUGAAUAAUCGCUUCUUGGAUCUACUUAACCUACUCAUCAAUCAGACCACAAGAGACCUGGAGCCUGUGCAGCGUACUAAGUAUGAGACACUGAUCACUAUCCACAUCCACCAGCGGGACAUCUUUGAUAGUCUGUGUCGCAACAAUGUGCGGUCAGUGAUGGACUUCGAUUGGCUGCGGCAGAUCCGUAUCUACUUCAGGGAAGACCUGGACCGCACCAAUAUAACUCUCACUGAUGUCACCUUCCAUUACCAGAAUGAGUUUUUAGGCUGCACUGAGCGGUUGGUUAUCACACCCCUCACUGAUAGGUGCUACAUUACCCUAGCCCAGGCACUAAGCAUGAGCAUGGGUGGGUGUCCAACUGGCCCAGCAGGUACAGGCAAGACAGAGACCACAAAGGACAUGGGCAAGACACUUGGCAAGUAUGUCGUUGUCUUCAAUUGUUCGGACCAGAUGGACUAUCGUGGCCUUGGCAGAAUUUAUAAAGGUCUAGCACAGUCUGGUUCGUGGGGAUGUUUUGAUGAAUUCAAUCGCAUUGAACUGCCAGUGCUCUCUGUGGCUGCCCAGCAGAUUGCUGUCGUCCACACUUGCAAGAAGGAACGACGUAAGGCUUUCCAUUUCACAGAUGGUGAUGUCAUUCCCAUGAACCCUGAAUUUGGAAUUUUUUUAACCAUGAAUCUGGGCUACCAUGGCCGUCAGGUUUUGCCAGAGAACCUCAAGAUUCAGUUCCGCAAUGUGGCCAUGAUGGUGCCUGACCGACAGAUCAUUAUAAGGGUGAAGCUGGCCUCAUGUGGCUUUCUUGAGAACAUUACUUUGGCUCGCAAAUUCUUCACAUUGUACAAGCUGUGUGAGGAGCAGUUAACCAAACAGGUGCAUUAUGACUUUGGGCUGAGAAACAUUUUGUCUGUACUGAGAACUCUUGGAGCUUCUAAACGAGCAAACCCUAAAGAUUCUGAGUCCACCAUUGUGAUGCGAGUGUUGCGGGACAUGAACCUUUCCAAGCUGGUGGAUGAAGACGAACCACUCUUCAUGUCCCUGAUUGAUGACCUGUUUCCAAACAUGACACAGGAGAAAGGUUAUCACAACCAACUCACCACCGCCAUUGGGGAGGUGGUCAAUGAGCUUGGCCUUGUCAAUCAUCCACCAUGGACACUUAAACUUAUCCAGCUGUAUGAGACUCAGCGGGUGAGACACGGAAUGAUGACUCUUGGGCCCAGUGGUGCUGGCAAGACCUCCUGCAUCCAAGUCCUGAUGAAGGCACUCUCCAGAACAGGACUCCCUCACAGGGAACUGAGGAUGAACCCAAAGGCCAUCACCUCAGCCCAGAUGUUUGGCCGUCUGGAUGUGGCCACCAAUGACUGGACAGAUGGUAUCUUCUCUACACUCUGGCGUAAGACAUUGAAGGCCAAGAAAGGGGAACAUGUGUGGCUGGUUUUGGAUGGUCCUGUUGAUGCCAUAUGGAUUGAGAAUCUCAACUCAGUCCUGGAUGACAACCGCACUUUGACGCUUGCUAAUGGAGAUCGUAUCCCUAUGUCUCCAACAUGUAAGGUCAUCUUUGAACCCUCCAACAUUGACAAUGCUUCCCCUGCCACUGUCUCUAGGAAUGGCAUGGUAUACAUGAGUUCAUCAGGGUUGGACUGGCAGCCUUUGCUUCAGGCUUGGCUAAGAACACGGCCCCACCAUGAACAAGGAGUCCUCACUGAACUUUUCUCCAAAACUUUUCCCGCACUCUUCACAUGGGCUAAGCAGAAUGUGCGCUUCUGUUUGCCUGUCCUGGAGGUCAACAUCAUUACUCAGGCAAGCAAGGUGCUGGAAGGCCUGCUGCCUGAUGAAACAGUGCCACAACACCACCACAACCGACGGAAUCAUGACCCAGACACUGAAGAAAUACAACCGACACAGCAGGCACCCAUCCAGGAGUACAUCCACCGACUGUUUGUGUUUGCCAUGAUGUGGAGUGUGGGUGCCUUGCUAGAACUGAUGGACCGAGCUCGCCUUGAGGACCACAUGAAGAGUAACCACCUUCAUCUAGACCUGCCUGAGUGCACUAGAGGACCUAAUGAUUCUAUAUUUGACUACCGUGUUGAUGAAAAUGGGUGGUGGCAGCACUGGGAAACACGUGUGAGUGAAUUUGUGUACCCGGAAGCCGGCACUCCUGACUACACCUCUUUCCUAGUGCCAAAUGUUGACAAUGUCAGGAUGGACUUCCUCAUCCACAUCAUUGCCCAGCAGGGGAAGGGUGUAUUGCUAAUAGGUGAACCAGGAUCUGCCAAGACAGUCACUAUCAAUGCCUUUAUGAAAAAAUAUAAUCCAGAGGAUCACUUAUGUCGCAACUUCAAUUUCUCCUCAGCCUCAACACCACUUUAUUUUCAGCGAACAAUUGAGAGCUAUGUUGACAAAAGGAUGGGCAGCACAUAUGGUCCUCCAGCUGGGAAGAAGAUGACUGUCUUCAUUGAUGAUCUCAACAUGCCACACAUCAACAGCUGGGGGGAUCAGCCAACCAAUGAAAUAGUUCGACAAACCAUGGAGAUGGGAGGUUUCUACAGCCUGGAGAAGCCUGGAGACUUUGUGAACAUAGUGGAUCUACAGUUUGUGGCAUCAAUGGGGCAUCCAGGUGGAGGUCGCAAUGACAUUCCAGCUCGUCUUAAGCGUCACUUCUGCAUCUACAACUCCACCAUUCCCUCGGAGACUUCCAUCAACAAGAUAUUUGGAGUGAUCGCAAGGGGCCACUUUAGCACCAAGCGAGGGUUUAACAGUGAAGUCCGGUCAAUGGUGGACCUGCUGGUACCUCUCACACGACGCCUGUGGGCACACACCAAGAAUAAGUUGCUUCCAACCCCUGCAAAGUUCCAUUAUGUCUUCAACCUCCGGGACUUGUCUCGCAUCUGGCAAGGAAUGUUGGGAGCAACACCCAACGUAGUGAUCUCCAGUGACACUCUCCUAUCCCUGUGGCGGCACGAGUGCUGCCGAGUCAUAGCAGACAGGUUCACUUCCCCUAAAGAUGUCAAAUGGUUUGAAGAGUCCCUGGUGAACUUGGCACAGCAGGAUCUGGGUCCUCAAGUCACCAAGAAGAUUGCUCAUACAAGCUACUUUGUUGACUUCCUCAGAGAUGCCCCUGAGCCUACCGGAGAUGAGGGUGAGGACAUGGACAUGGAGAUGCCCAAGGUGUACGAGCCCAUCCCUUCAUUCUCUGCCCUGGAGGACCGUCUGCAGAUGUUCCUGUCACAGUACAAUGAGAUGGUGCGAGGGGCUGGCAUGGACCUUGUCUUCUUCACUGAUGCCAUGAUCCAUCUCACCAGGAUAUCCCGGAUCAUCCGCAACCCUGGAGGCAAUGCCCUGCUUGUUGGUGUGGGAGGUUCAGGCAAGCAGUCACUUACUAAGCUUGCAUCUUUCAUUGCUGGAUACAAGACGUUCCAGAUUGCUCUCACUAGAUCGUACAAUACGGCCAAUCUGCUGGAAGACCUGAAGGUGCUGUAUCGGACUUGUGGGAUCCAGGGCAAGGGUACCACAUUCAUUUUCACUGACCAGGAGGUGAAGGAGGAAGCCUUCCUUGAAUACCUCAACAAUGUGCUCUCCUCAGGGAUGAUCAGCAAUCUCUUCAACCGAGAUGAGCAGAGUGAAAUUGUGAGUGAGCUGAUUCCUGUCAUGAAGAGGGAACACCCGCGGCGACCACCAACGCCAGAAAAUGUGAUGGACUUCUUCCUCACACGUACCCGCCAGAACCUGCAUGUGGUGCUCUGCUUCUCCCCUGUUGGAGAAAAAUUCCGCACCCGUGCCAUGAAGUUUCCAGGCCUAAUCAGCGGAUGUACUAUAGAUUGGUUCCAACCAUGGCCCAAGGAGGCACUUGUGGCUGUGUCUCAACAUUUCUUGGAAGACUACAAGAUCAUUAGCACACCAGAGGUGAAGGCUAGCUUAGUGAAAGGCAUGGGGGCCAUUCAUGACCAUGUGGCACAACUUUGCAGUGACUACUUCCAGAGGUAUAGACGGGCAGCCCAUGUCACUCCUAAGUCCUUCCUCUCAUUCAUCAGCAUCUAUAAGAAAAUUUAUAAUGAAAAGCGUGAAGAAAUAGGAGAAUCUGCUACCAGGAUGACUUCAGGCUUAGAUAAAUUGCAGGAGGCUUCUGUGGCAGUGGAGCGGAUGAGGGAAGAACUCUCCGUCAUGGAAGAAGAGCUGGCAGUUGCCUCUGAGAAAGCACAUAAGAUACUGGAAGAGGUGACCCGACGUGCUGAGGAGGCUGAAACCAUAAAGGAAGGUGUGGAGAAGGUGCGGGACAAGGCCCAAGCACUUGUCAAUGACAUUGCAAAGGACAAGUCCCUGGCAGAGGAAAAACUAGAAGCUGCUCGACCUGCACUGGAAGAGGCUGAGGCUGCUCUCAACACCAUAAAGCCAGCUCACAUAGCCACCAUUCGUAAGCUGGGCCGGCCACCACAUCUCAUCAUGCGCAUCAUGGACUGUGUGCUGCUGCUUUUCCAAAGACAUUUGCAGCCAGUGAAGCCUGAUCCCAUUGCUGCUUGCCCCAAACCCUCCUGGUCUGAUAGCCUAAAGAUGAUGGCCAGCACAACCUUCCUUCUGUCAUUGCAAAACUUUCCCAAAGACACAAUCAAUGAUGAGGUGGUGGAGCUCCUUGAGCCUUACUUUGACAUGGAGGACUAUGACAUGGACACAGCCAAACGAGUGUGUGGAGAUGUGGCUGGCCUCCUCUCCUGGACACGGGCCAUGGCUGUCUUCUUUGGUGUCAACAAGGAGGUCCUACCACUCAAGUCCAAUCUAGCACUUCAGGAGGCCCGGCUACGGCUAGCCAUGGGAGACCUGGAGGGGGCACAGGCUGAGCUAGAUGACAAGCAGAGAGAGCUGGAUGUGGUGCGUGGACAGUACCAGGCAGCACUGGCGGAAAAACAGAAGCUCAUCGAUGCUGCUAAUGUUUGCCGCAGGAAGAUGCAAGCAGCAGCCACCCUCAUUAAUGGACUGGCAGGAGAGAAGGUGCGCUGGACCAAACAGAGCAAGUCUCUGAGGCAACAACUUGGCAGGUUGGUGGGAGACGUGCUGCUCACCACCGCUUUCCUAUCCUACGCGGGUCCCUUCAACCAGGAGUACCGCACCAAGAUGAUUAAAAUGUGGCGCUCCCUCUUCCAUUCUCGCAGCAUUCCCUACACCACUGAUCUGGACAUCACUAACUGGCUCAUUGAUAAUGCCACAGUCUCAGAGUGGAACCUUCAAGGACUUCCAAAUGAUGAGCUCAGUAUUCAGAAUGGUCUCAUAGUGAGCAAGGCAUCGUGCUACCCUCUCCUGAUUGACCCGCAAGGACAAGGCAAGAUAUGGAUCAAGAAUAGGGAGGCAAUGAAUGAGCUGCAGAUCACUUCACUGAAUCAUAAAUACUUCCGGACCCACCUCGAAGACUCACUUUCUUUGGGUCGGCCACUACUCAUUGAGGAUGUGGAGGAAGAGUUAGAUCCUGUUCUUGACAAUCUUCUGGAUAGGAACUUUAUCAAGUCUGGUUCCAUCUUAAAGGUGGUUGUGGGAGACAAGGAGUGUGAUGUAAUGCCUGGCUUCAUGCUGUACAUCACCACAAAAUUACCCAACCCUGCCUACACCCCAGAGGUCUCAGCCAAGACUGCCAUUAUUGAUUUUACCGUUACAGUGCAUGGCUUGGAGGAUCAACUGUUAGGUCGAGUCAUCAGGACAGAGAAGAGUGAUCUAGAAAGUGAGCGUGUGGCACUCAUUGAGGAAGUCAUGGACAACAAGCGAAGGAUGAAGGAGCUGGAGGACAACCUUCUCUUCCGCCUUACAUCAGUACAGGGUUCAUUGGUAGAUGAUGAGGACCUGAUCAUGGUGCUGCAUGACACUAAAUCCACUGCCCAGGAUGUGAGUACCAAGCUGCACAUUGCCUCAGAGACAGAACGCAAGAUUAAUGGUGCCCGUGAAGAAUACCGGCCAGUGGCUACCCGAGGCUCCAUUCUUUACUUCCUUAUCACGGACAUGGCAGUGGUCUCCUGCAUGUAUCAAACAUCCCUCCGCCAAUUCCUCAUUCUCUUUGACAUGUCCAUGAAUAAAGCUGACCGCAGUAAUAAUCCCAAGAUAAGGAUCGGCAACGUCAUCCGGUUCCUUACUCUGACUGUAUGGAGGAACGCUUGUCGGGGCUUUUAUGAGCGCCACAAGUUCCUCUUCACUCUCCUUCUGGCCAUGAAGGUGGACCUCCAGUGUGGCCACAUCUCUCAUGAGGAGUUCAUGAAAUUUAUUAAAGGUGGUGCUUCCCUGGAUCUAAAGGCAGUGCAACCCAAGCCCUUCCGUUGGGUUCUGGACAUCACGUGGCUCAACCUGGUUGAGCUGAGCAAGCUUUCACAAUUCAACAACAUCCUUGACCAGAUCACUGAAAAUGAGAAGGAUUGGCGCCUCUGGUUUGAGAAAGACAAACCAGAGGAGGAGGAGCUGCCGUGUGGGUAUUCACGGUCUCUGGACAUGUUCCGUCAGCUGUUACUCAUCCGGUCAUGGUGUCCAGACCGUACCCUAUCACAGGCUCGUCGCUACAUUCGGAGUGCAUUGGGUGAGCAGUAUGCAGACAGUGUUAUCUUGGACCUAGAGGCAACGUGGGAAGAAUCAGACAACCGCACACCUCUCAUCUGCUUCCUCUCCCAGGGAUCAGACCCAUCAGGGCAGAUUGAAAUCCUAUCCAAAACUAAGGAAAUUGAGAUCAGGUUCAUAUCUAUGGGACAAGGGCAGGAAGCCCAUGCUCGGCGCCUGUUGACUGAGGCCAUGGCUGCUGGCAAGUGGUUGUUGUUGCAGAACUGCCAUCUUAGCUUGGAGUUCUGCCAAGAAAUACUGGACACAGUAACAGAAUCCAGUAAUGUCCACAAGUGUUUUCGUCUUUGGCUCACCACUGAGGUUCACACUGCCUUCCCCAUUGGUCUGCUGCAGAUUUCCAUAAAGUUCACAAAUGAGCCUCCACAAGGCAUCCGUGCUAGUCUCAAGAGGACAUAUGUUGAUGUGUCACAGGACCUCCUGGACUACUCCAAUGCUCACCAGUGGCCACGACUUCUUUAUGCUACUGCCUUCCUGCACACAGUGGUGCUGGAGCGUAGAAAAUAUGGAGCACUCGGAUGGAAUGUUCCUUAUGAGUUCAACCAAGCAGAUUUUCAGGCAUCAGUCCAAUUCAUCCAGAAUCACCUGGAUGACAUGGACCCUAAAAAGGGUGUAUCAUGGGUGACAAUUUGCUACAUGUUGGGAGAGAUACAGUAUGGUGGCCGUGUGACAGAGGACUUUGACAAGCGCCUUCUUCUGACCUUCCUUCAUGUGUGGUUCAAUGAGCGUCUUCUUACAUCAGACUUUAGGUUUUAUCAAGGUUACGGACUCCCCAUGUGCAAAGGACAAGCAGACUAUAUUGAAUAUAUCAAUCAGUUACCAGCAACAGACUCUCCAGAAGUGUUUGGCUUGCACCCAAAUGCCGACAUUACGUACCAAAUUAACACAGCCAAGAGCAUCCUCGACACCAUUCUGAGCAUGCAGCCCAAGGAGGGUGGGCAACGUGGUGGGGAGACUCGUGAGGCUGUAGUGUCUAAUCUGGCCAAUGACAUGCUUGGCAAGCUUCCUCCUGAUUAUAUUCAACAUGAGAUUAAAGAAGCCCUACAGAAGAUGGGUGCCAUCCUACCCAUGAACAUCUUCCUCAGGCAGGAACUUGAUCGCAUGCAAAAGGUGCUAAAAGUGGUGCGUCAGAGCCUGCAAGACCUUCUCCUGGCCAUCGAAGGGACCAUAAUCAUGAGUGCCUCCCUAAAGGACAUGUUGGAUGCCAUGUAUGAUGCUCGGGUGCCUGAACAUUGGCGAAAGGUGUCAUGGGAGUCCAGCACACUUGGCUUUUGGUUCACAGAGCUGCUGGAGAGAGACGCACAAUUCCGUCGCUGGUACACAUAUGGGCGACCCAAGGCAUUCUGGAUCACUGGAUUCUUCAACCCUCAGGGGUUCCUCACUGCAAUGAGACAGGAGGUGACAAGGCAGCACAAGGGAUGGUCACUGGACUGUGUAAUCCUGCAGAACUUGGUGACUCGCUUCAAUAGAGAGGACAUCCAUGACCCUCCACCAGAAGGAGUAUACAUAUAUGGUCUCUUCUUGGAGGGAGCAUCAUGGGACCGCAAACAGGGGCGCCUCAUGGAGUCUCGGCCUAAGGUGCUGUAUGAACCCAUGCCCAUCAUCUACCUGUAUGCAGUGAACACAACAAGUGGGAAGGAUCCCAACCUGUAUGAGUGUCCAAUAUACAGGAAGCCACUACGGACAGAUGCCACUUACAUUGGCUCUAUUGACCUGGAGACAACUGAAUAUUUGCCCUCCCAUUGGACAUUGCGUGGAGUAGCUCUGCUCUGUGACAUCAAGUAGAGCACCAAUUUAUCAAGAGUAUACAUAUUUAUGGCCUUUUAUAUGAUUUGAUAUUUAUUAGUUUUUUUACAAUUGAUACAUUUGCUAUGGUUUGAAAAAAACUGACAGAUUCACCAGUCAACUGAAGUUUACAAAUGAAUGGCAGUCAACUAGAAAAAAAGUAAAAUAAAGAAAAUUAAAUAUGAACAUAAUUAACUAUCAUAAAGUAGAGAGCAAGAAAUUUGGCAAAAAGAGCUAAAUAUUGCAUAUAUCAUCUUGAGUUUAGGAUAUAUCUUCAUGUUGGGAAUGUUAUUUUUUCCUCUCCAUAUGAAUUUACUUUAUCCAUUCAAGUCAUACAAUUAACUUAGAAUUAUAAGUCCUGGCACAUAUAAAAGAAACAACCAUAUUUUAAUAAUCUUAGCAGAACAGUGGUGAAGAUAAUCUGUUUACAUUAUAUUUCUCAGUUUCUUAGUUGCUGUUCAUUUGUUUAUGUGUCACCCAUGUCUUCCCUAAGUUGUCACUUUCUUCUUUAGAAAUACAAUCUAUCCUUUCACAGUUUGCUUCUUUUGUGACAUGUGCAUGAAAUCAACAACAGCACAUGUAUAGACAACAUGUCUACAAUGUGGUUCACAACACUGCAAACUCAUCCCUGCUCCCUUGGGUUUUUUUGUGUUUUGGGAAAGUCUGUCUGAUAUUGGCUGGGCCUUUCAUCUUGGCACAGUUUUGGCCAUCAUAAUACUCUAUGAGCACAAAUAAUAACUGCAAAAUUGCAUAAGUCUUUAGAGGAUAUGCCAGACAAAUCAUUAGUCCCUAUAGAAACAGUGGGAAAAUGUUUCAAACUAAAUAUGUAGUACAAGACUAGAAAUAGAAAAUGAAAACACUUAAUCAAGUUGCAAGUAUUAUUUGGCUCAUACUAGCUGUCUUUUAAAGUGUGUAUCUCCAAAUCUCAUGGAUAUUGUUAGCAUAAACACCUAGAAUUAAUGUUUCAUAGCAUAUAGGUACAGUACAUCAAGAUGUAUAAGGAGUGGAAUUUUUAGAAUGUGCUUCCCUAGGAAACUGCGAGAGCACUGACUUAUUCCUGCAUAAAACAACCAGUAAUCACCAGCACUCAACACAUAACAAAUGCCCCAGUUUGUCAUAAAAGUCAACUAAAUAUGUGUCAGGCAAGAGGAAACAAUGGGUCCCUUCUUCAUAUUUUUAUUUCCACAAAGACAGAAAGCAUGGUAUGUACUCUGACUCAUUUAAUUCUUAUUGUAAAUAUCACAUAAUAUUUUUUUUUCACACUCUAACUCCUCUGUUGAUAUGUAAUGAACAUCAUAUACUGUUUCUCUUAUGUCAUAAAAAAAUGUUGAGGGAUGUAAGUGACCUUCAAACUUUCUUGUGGAUCAUGUCUUUGACAGAUGUAUAUACACUUUCAUUAGUAGUGCUUUUGUUCAAAUUGUAAGAUGAAUUACAGCCUGGGACUACAGCAGCUGCUGUCAAAUGAAUAUAAAUAUGAAUAUAUUUUUUUAUAGAAAACUUGAGUAGUAUUUAUAAUUUUCUUCAAUUUACUGUUACAUUAUGGGCUAGGAACUGGUUAGCAGACACAAAUCUUGAAUAUGCUUUAAAACACUGCAAUGAAGACUGUUGUACUGCUAUUUCAUCAUGUUAUAGAAAAGAUCUGAGACUAGUGGUUUCCUA